UAACAGGCCGCCUUUCACGGAGGAAGGACGUUCUAAAUCCCAUUAAAAGUGUAUACAAAAGUUACGUGUUGUGACGUUCAAACUAUUUUCGUUUUGUGGUAAUAAGUUUCGUUUCUUUUGAUCGUGCCAAGUUAUCUGUUUAUAGUGAAGUGACAAAGAGGUGUCCACCUUCACACGGGAUUGUUGGUUAAUGUAGUGACGGAUAGAGUGCCACAAGGCGCCGCAAGAUGGCGGCGGCGGGCCGGCAGCUGCGGCUGCUACUCUGGAAGGACUACCUCGUCAGGAAACGGAACUUCGUGACGCUGGGCGGAGUGGUGUGGGCGACAAUGAUUAUGCUGGCCCUCUACGUGGUCAGAAUCAACAUCGAUAACCAGGACUUCCCCGACUGCCAGUACCCUGCGCGCGCGCUGCCCAGCGCUGGGAUGCUGCGGUUCGUGCAGUCGUUUAUCUGCAGCGUGGACAACCAGUGCAAGCCCAUGGACCAGUACCAAGAAAUACCCGCCUACAAGAACUCUAAAUUGAGCCAAGUACAGGAUAAGCUGUGGCCCCUACUGUCGAAUACCACAGUGGUGGAGGUGGCAGGAGCAGUACCCGGUGCUCUCAAACUGUCGGCUACCCUCGCUAGAGUGCUGGACGACCCGAUACUAUUGGACAUCACCAAGAACGGUCUGAGGGUCGCCGACCUCUUCCAGAACCCUGGCAUAGUGAAGCGGUACAUCGCAUCAGAGAUGAAUAUGUCGCAGCCGGUAGCAGAGGCCGUUCUGAAGGCGGAACUGAGUGUCCAAGGUAUUAUGAAAAGUGACAUGGAUAGAUGCGAAGUGAACUCCAUGUCGAAAUUCAUAAGAAUAGAGAACAAGGAAUAUAUGGAGGCGUUUGUGAAUCAGCUGUGUCGACUCGACGAUAAAGAUUUGCAGCGACUGGCUAGUAAUCUACUGCUGGAGAUCAACUUCGCCAAAUAUAUUACUAUGGCAGGCAACAUGUACUACAAGUUGUCUGGAGACGAACGAGUGUUAAAGCUGGCCGCGUUAGUAAGGGCAGCGACACACGUAACGCGGCUGGAUUCCUUUCUGCCGCCUGUGUUCACGGCCUUAUUUGAACGACGCACUGUUGACUUUAGCUACUUCAAUGUGUCUAUUAUGACCAAUCUCAUGGAUCAGUUUGAGCCAACAUUCGGUAAGACACAAGCGUACAAGAUACUAAGAGACAUAACUGAUACGGUUGCAACUGCGCUACAAUAUUUAGACAAAAUAUUCAAGGCCGACAACCCCGUGGAAAAUGCUGCCAAUCUUUUGCUGUCUGGAGUCGGUGACAUUAACGAUGCUAAUGAAUUGAAGGGUCAAGAUAUUUCAAAUGUAUUAACUAAUGCAAUUGAUGUAUUUGAGAAAGCAGCAGCAAAAGAACCUAUCGAUAUUUUUAAUAUUUUAACUCAAUUGACGAAUUUCAUAAGCAAAAUUCUAUCUGAUAAAAUGAGACAUGAUGUACAAUUCUAUUCGACUCUUCUUGCUAAACUAAUCGAGGGCGCGAAUAAAGUAGUUUCCACCAAUUGGAAUAUACAAGAGAUGGCCUAUGAUGUCUCCUUGCGGAACCCCGAAGGAGUCAAAAUCUUAGUAAAAUUACCACUACAUGUGGUAAGGAAAGGUUUAGAAGCUUUGGCCGACGCUGAAAGAGUUCAGAUUUUAACAUCGAAACUAAACGUUCGCGGCCAAAUCUUUUGUGAUGCCAACAAAAUGGCUAACUUUUUCAAGAUAUCUAAGACAGAGGCCGAUGCUUUGAAGAGUCACUUAUGUACUGAUGCCUGGAAAAAUUAUGUGGGAGAUUUGAUAAAAUCAUUUGGUAUCUACGAAGUUCGAGAUUUGAUAAACAAUAUGGCAUCACUAGUCAUACAAGAAACCUUCGGCAAAGACACAAGCGAUCAGCUCUACUCCAUAGAGAAAGAUUUUCAGAUCCUCAAGAACUUCACAGACUCACUUGUUAGAGCAAAGUCGAGGGCCGGAACCGUCACGGACUGGAGUAAACUGUUCAACGUCACUAAUGAUUCUGAGUUCAUGAAGAUUUUCAAUGAAAGAGCGCAUUUGGGAAAACAAAUACUAAUAACAUCGCAUGGCGCACUGGCUAAAGAAGUAGUGAAACAAAAUACAAUCCUUGAGUACAAAAUAACACCGAUCUUACUCGAUCUGACGACCGUCGUGGAGGCCAUCAACGCCCAGCUGCGACUAAUAUCGAAAGAGACGACAGAAAAUAUGAAGAAAAUGUACCCUGACGUUAUUAAAGUCAUGCUGGAUACAGUGAUGGACGAAAAUAAGACUUACUUGGCGCUAUCAACCCCCAGUUCAGAUAUAGUAUGCAACGGUAGUGAAGUGGCCGCUACAUUCUUGAAUAUUACUUCUGUCGAUGAUAAAGACGAGUUGAUAACUACCCUCUGUAACGCUUCUGAAGCCAUCGACAGGGGGCUAACCAAUAAUUCGAUCAUUGCUAAAGCUAUAGCAUCCAUCAGAAAGUCUUCGCACGGUCCUCUAGAAGAAGUGAACUGGACAAAACUAAUUAACUCCCUGAAGAAUCUGUACCUAAAGUUAGACCGGGAGUAUCCGUACUUGUUCGAGUACACUAGCUAUGGAAUGAAUGAGGGUCAGAAGGUAGAAUUGGACAAUCAGUUAGUGGAAGCGAAGAAGUUUUGGUUCAGUACCAGGAGUAUAGAUAGACUGUUACGAUUGAGCGUGAAGCUGGUAUUCCGUCUCCUGGACCUGGUGGACAGUCCUGCCUUCAACCUGUCGAUAGAGGGCUGGUUGAGGAGCAAGUUUUACCUCACAGCUGUCAGGGGGCAUCUUAAUGCUGUUCACUCCAUCAUAUCUCUACUGUCAGCGGCGUCCCGAAACGAGACAUAUGUUUCUGCGUUGCCUUCAGCGACAUCCCGCGCUUUAUAUGCCCUCGCUCAGCACUCGCCGAAUCUUCUAAUAGACGCAGUCGACAUCAUACUGUCCAACCAAUCUUACGUGGAGCCCAUAUUGUCCAGAAUAAACUCCGACACCCCCUGGCCUUGUGGCAGCAGUUUAACAGACUUUCUACCACUUACUCCACACUCGGAGGAAGCAGUGAAGGCUUCGGAAACUAUCCUGUGCAUGGAUGACGACUAUCAAAGACAAUGGACUGACUUUAUCAAGGACAAGAACCUCAACUUCUAUAAUACAAGCGGUUGGAACACCACAGCUUACGAACCCCAUUUGUUCCUGAAAUUCUCUGGAGCCUUCGAUUCGUUGGUAGAAGACAUAAGUUUAAUCAGGAAUAUGGUGAGAGAAUUGCUGGACACCAGGAAGGAAAAGACAGGUGUAACUCUAGCAGAUGCUUGGAGUUACGCUGCCGAUGUGUUCGAAGGAAAAGACAGGAAUAUGACGUUGAGAUCUCUACUCGCGAACAUUGACGCUAUCCUGACCGGGGUAUCUUCUACCACCAUCAACGUGUCUUUAAGCGAAGUGUGGACUCGAGUGGGAAACUGUUCCACCAUCACAGGGAAUUCCUGCAGGAACUCCUGGCGAGACGCAUGGAAGUAUUCCCUGGAAGCAGCGUCUUCAGUCCUGGAUGAUAUAGCUGGAGAGCUGCUGACAUACUUCACUGAGGUCAAUGAGCCAAACGUCACCGUUCUACGAUUGCUGGGCUUCACCACACACACGGGGCUAUACAAGUUGUACGACCAGUUGCCUGAAUUUCUAGGCACGCUGCUCAACUCCUUCUGGGACUACGGGUUCAUGACUCAGAUUCGUCGCGCGUCAUCCACCCAGUUCUGGGAAUGUGAGGCCGUAGUCCAGGCACUGGUGGUUCCUGUGGGCAGCAGUAUAUCAGCAGACACUAUGGUGGCUGUGCAGCCGUUCCUAUGCCCCUCGCUGCUGUACUGGAUCUCGAUGCCGAGGGACGCCAAUACUUUCCUGAACAUUAUAGCUAAACCGCAAUACACAUUUUAUAAUAUGGAUGUACAAAAUUUAACGAGUCGUUUCGAAAAUGCAUUUAUUAAGGCUACUGAACUCAGUUUACUUCUAAAAUAUAUUAGUAAUAAGAACGACACCGUCAAGCAAGACGAUACUAGUAUUGACACAUUGCAAAAUAGACUUAAAGAAGCAGUAGAUAGCGUACUUAAUUAUAAAAUAAACGAAAGUGAUCCAUCUUAUCGUUUGUUUAACGAAAUCAAUAAGAAACAAUUCAUAGCAGCUACAUAUUUGACUAGAAUAACUGCAAUUGUGAACAAACUAGCUGUAGCUAUUGAAAGUCUAAGUCCUGAAGAUAUUAAGACUGAUUUUAGUGAAGAUGAGGUUAAGAAAUUAACAAGUGAAAUAUCGACUAUAAGUAGAAUAUUUAAGAGAAGGCCUCAUGAAGCUAUUGCCUUUCAUUUCGAUGUACUUACUGAUGUAUUAUCAACGAACAGUGAUAGUUUUAGUUUAGUGAAAUCUUUAGAAGCAACAUGUGAUGAUAUAAAGAAUAAUGACACUAGCAAAGAUAUUCUUAAUGAAAGCCAAAGAACUAAAAACCAAAUAUGUGGUAAGGAAUACAAAUUCAUAUACGGUGCCGUGGAAAAUGUUAUAACUGAUGAUUACGACAAUGCGAGGAAUACUUUACUGAAUAUGAUUAAUUUGCUACGAGACGCAGAUGACAAUUCGACGGAUAUUCUAACAUUUUUCAAAGACAGAAAGAAACUCAUAAAUUCCCUGAGGAAAUCGGUGAAGUACGCAUACGAUUUAGGCCUGCCUGUCUACCUAAAGUACCUACACAGUAAUCUGCAGAGCUGCAGUGUAGUCCUAAGCUUCCUUUCUGGCGAAGACUGGUGGAGGGACCUAAGGACAUUGUACAAUGGACCUGGGAUCAGUGAGUUCUUCGAUGGUGUAGAGAGCAGUCUGGAUAUUGCCGUCGAUGUAUUAACGAGGUUGGAUCAGAUACAGAUAGUCCGUCUACUACGCGAUAUUGGCUUGAACGACACGGCGUCGUUCUGUCAGCCUAACGUGUCGUUGUCCGACUACAUUCCGGAUGGCACCGGAGUGUUGUCCCGUCUGAAAUUAGCCGCGUGUUCCACAGACAAAGAGGUGUUCAGGGAAAUACCACCGCUGCUGUUCGCUUCACAGGGCUUCGACAGUGAACUGACCGUGUCCAAGGACAUAGAUUACAGUUCCCUCGACUCCGACAUAAGCCAGAUUGAGUCUCGUUUAGUGAACAUUCAAUCUGGCCCGAAGUCCCCUCUCCGACCACAGUGGAUCUCUGAAGAGGGAGUGACGAGAGUCCGGCAGGCAGCACUUGGCCUCCUCAAGGGCGAAGCCCUAACUAAAGCGGCCUUUGGAAUCCUAGGGAAUAUAAUUGACGCUAGCACGCUGUUUUUGAAUAGCAGCGAGUGCAGUGGAUGUUCUCAAGUGACGGCUAUCGUGAAACAAGUGACUCUACAGCUCUACAAACGGAACGAAUAUCGUGCGCUACUUUGCGCCACCACCCGCCCGCUCGCGACUAACCAGCUCGCCCUUCACGCUGCUCUCAAUGCCGACUUCCACUGGGACAUGGCCCUCACGCAGCUUAUCUCAUCACGGAACUACACCAACUUGGAGCUGAACAAAUCCCUGAACGAGCUGCUGGAGCAGGUGGAACUGUACGUGCUGGAAGAAGUGACUGGAACUCACAAGAUGGCGGACUGCCUCUCUUCUAAUAGUAGCGAACCGAUAGCUUAUGUUGCCACAUUCAUCAAAGUCUUAGCCGGCACUAUUACUCUGUUCCGAGCCGAGUUGCCCUACCUCCACGAAGUUGAUGGUAUGACAAAAGUGCCAUUCAUUAAAGAACUCCACGACCAAGUGGCCCCCAAUAUGGAUGCGUUUACACCUCUCAAGAAGUACCUGAAAGAUAACGUCGAAUUUACGAAGAGACUGUCUUCGGUCAUCAGCAACCUAGAGCUGAUAAAGGAUGUUGAAAAUGGCGAUGUUAAUUUACGUUUGGUCGGCAAAUCUAAGCAAAUUAAGGAUAUGAAUAAAUAUAUAACAUUGAAAGACCACGAUUGGACUAUGGAAUGUAAAAAGUAUAAUUGCGGAAAAAUCGUAGAUUAUGUCAAUAGUAAUAUCAAUAACACAUUAGUGGCUAAAGCGCUCCCCAAUUUACAAACUGCCGAGUUCUGGCGGUUCAAAUUCUUAACCAAGAUUCUUUACCAUGUGGAAAACGUGUUGAAAUAUGUCGCGACAUUGGUCGAGGUCGUCAGCAGACUGGACCUGACGGGGGUGCGGGAGGGGAGAAUAUCUUCCACUGUUGAUAUGGUGAUGGAAAUUAUGACCCAGGAGGUGCUCGGUGAUGUGGUCAAAAGCAUCCAUGGAAUCUUGGAGGAGGCAGCACCCUUGCUGAAUGACACCUCCAUAGCUGAAGACCUGCGAGCCCUCACCAGCGGGUUACUGGUUCUGCAAGACUACAAAAACUACUUGAUUAAAGAAGACAUCAAAGUGCCCAUAGGCUCAGUGUGGUCUGACGGCGAGUGGAUGGAAGCAGAGUUGAGUUCUUUGGGAUUCAACAACACCAACCUGUGGGGUGCCGCCGCGCCGGCCCUAAGGGCGGGACACUUCGCACCGGCCCCGCUGUUAUCCUGGAAGCCUGGCCAGCACAUAGCCGACUUCGUAUGCGGCGUGGAAGAGAUGUCUUGGGUUGUGUUCCCGGGCAAUCUGGGUUCAGUCACUCGAGACGAUGUCCUUGGAGGGGUGGUGGAACAGUUCUGCAGCAUCAGCGAUGCCAGGGUCAAGGAGAUGCUGCCAGUCAUUAUAAGGGGAAUGAAUUAUUCGUAUAUACUCGAUAAGGUGACAACAGUUCUCCUCACGCAACUGUACACGGCAUCGAACCUGUCGCAGUCCGAGGGCGAGCGAGUGACCUCAUCCCUCCCCCUCAUGGCGACGGUGCUGCCCUCCAUACAGGCGCCGGUGGGGGACACCGCCAAGUCUCUGGCUGAAGAACCCCUGCUGCAGAACCUCAGGAACUUCACUACGAUCGGCGAUCUGCUGGGAUCGACCGACUUCAUGUCUAACGCUGGAAAGAUGGUUUGCGGGAAACCGUUCACGGCAGACGUGUCCCGCGUGUACCGCAGCGUGCUGCAGAAUGAGGACUUGGCUGGUGCUGAUGACCGCGGACAGCUGGACUCCCUGCCCACGGAUUUCUGCCGAUCAGUGUACAAGGGCAUCGCGCAAGCGCCGGGCGGCAAGAUAGUGUGGAGUUUUGUGAAACCAUUGCUUUUGGGCAAACUACUGUAUACUCCAACCACGCCGCUUGUAGAAAGGAUUAUACAGAAGGCUAACUCAACGUUCGCCCACAUGGCUAACCUCACUUCCCUGGUCCAUUCGUUCGCCGAAGCUUUUUCCUCCGUGGAUCAACUGUCAGCUCAUCGGCAAGGGGUAGAAGUUCUGAAGAAUCUGCUGUCUUCUCCAGCGUUCAAGGAUCUGAGGGCCACGCUGAUUGGCGACGGGGAAGUGCCAGAGGUUAAUGUCGACGACAUGUUAGAUGAGAUCGGGGAUUUGCAGGGCGUUGGCAGCAUCUUAUCUCAGGCAUCUUCUCUGCUGCGCUGCAUCAGUCUGGAUCGGUUCCGAGCGGUUCCAGAUGAAGACCAACUCGCCCACGAAGCCGCUAACUUGGCGAUACUUAACGAAUUCACUGCUGGGCUGGUGUUCUUAAACGACGGCACUUCUGAGGAAUCCAUCACCAACAUCCGAUACAAGAUCCGAAUGGACAUCGACAAUGCACCUACUACGGCCAGAUUGAAGAAUUAUCUAUGGAUCCCUGGUCCGGAAGAUAGCUUCCUGGAGGACCUGCGCUACUUCCGCGGCUUCGUUCAACUCCAGGACAUCGUGAGUCAAGCCAUCAUACAGGUGGCGAAGGAAUCUACGGGGCAAACGAGGUACAAACGAGAGGCUGUAGCCGAAGAUAAGUGGGCUGUGUACACACAGCAGAUGCCGUAUCCGUGCUACAGGAAAGACUACUUCCAGACAUCCUUGUACGAGUCUCAGGCGCUGAUAGUGGCGUUCUUCUUCUCUAUGCUGUUCUCCGUCGCCUCUAUAGUACGAUUCUUGGUGGCCGACCGAGAGACUGGCAAUACUAUGCUAAUGGGAGUGAUGGGCGUGAAGGUGUCCUACUGCACUAUCUCCUGGGUGAUAUGGAGCAGUAUAGAACUAGCUGUGACAUACGGCUGCAUCUGUGCCGUAUUGGAAGGGGGCGGGAUAUUACCUCGUACUCCGGCUUCUUUACUCCUGACGCUGCUUAUAUUAGCCCAGAUCAGUGGACUCAGCUUCUGCUACAUGAUGUCCAAGCUAUUCAAUCGCGCCAGCUUUGCAGCUGUUUGCACCGCCAUCGCGUACCUGAUAACUUUUAUGCCCAUCGUGCUGAUUCUGUCGCUAGAAGCUGUCAUUUCUAAGGCGUCCAAGUUACUUAUUUGCCUGUCGAUGUCGUCAGCGCUGUGUUCAGCUCUGGUAAUCAUCUGUGGACUAGAAGCACGCGGUUCUGGAGCACACUGGGCAGACGUGUGGACGGCAAACGACCAGGAACUGAGUAUUGGAGACGCAGCCAUUAUGAUGCUGUUUGAUGCUGUUUUAUACGCGGCUAUAGGAUGGACUAUUGAUCGGUUCUUCGGUCUAAAGACACUUCAGAGCUGCAUCGUCCGAUCCGACUCUAGCGAGGAAAAGGCCGGCGUCAGCAUCAUCAACGUGUCCAAAGUAUACGGUGCUGGAACCAAGCACUCUAAGGUUGCCCUGGACAAUGUCUCCAUCGAGCUGCAUCGAGGACAGAUCACUACACUACUAGGACACAAUGGGGCGGGGAAAACUACCCUCAUUAACAUCAUAACUGGCACGCUGCGUCCUACACGCGGGCAAGUAGUAGUGAGAUCGGGCGGCAGUACUAGCGGGAGCGGAAGCGGAAGCGGAUGGCGUGAGGUCGGGGCGUGUGCACAGCGGGACGUUUUAUACGCGGCGUUAACGGCGCGGGAACAUAUCACGCUGUACGCUAACCUUAAGGCUGCCACGCCGGGACCGCAUGUCGAUGAGGAGAUUGAGAACAUGCUGCAAGUAAUGAACCUGGGUGAAGUGAGCGACGUGCCAGUGUCGAGGCUAUCUGGAGGCACCAGGCGUCGUCUCUGCGUAGCGCUGGCCUUCCUGGGACAGCCCGCCCUCGUGACCCUAGACGAGCCCACUGCUGGAGUAGACCCGGCAGCUAGAAGGGCCAUCUGGUCAUUGAUCGUGAAGCUGCGUAAGGACCGCACUGUACUGCUGACCACCCAUCAUCUGGAUGAAGCGGAACUGCUCAGUGAUAACCUGGUCAUCAUGCACAGGGGUCAAGUGCAUUCCACCGGGUCACCAGUAGAGAUAAAACGCACCCUAGGAUCGGGAUACAACCUCUCAGUCACUUACCCCUCGACGUGGACUGCUGACGAGGAAGACGAGGAACGUGCCAAGCUCCUGCUGGCCACCGCCAGGCAGGCGGUGCCAAACGCCAGUCUCACCAACUCCACUGGCCUCGAGACUGAAUUGUUGCUGCCAUUUUAUGAUAACAAUGGGGUUAAUAAUGACUACCUGCAACUAUGCUUAUUGCUGGAAUCGCAGCAACAGGCGCUGGGCUUCAGCAGCUUCACGCUGGAGUGCAGCAGCUUAGAACAGAUCCUGGCCGACAUCUGCCAGCAGACGGACCGAUACGAACCGGUGGAUUCCAGCGAGUUAGCAUGUAAGAGUAACUCCAGUUGCAGCGUCCGUACAGAGUCCGCACCGCUUGUGACGGGCGAUGGACCCCUCAAGGGUUCCGUGCGGCAGCAGUUCAUCGCUCUAAUGAGGGCCAGGGCCUUGCACUACAUGAGGAAUACAUGGCUGUUAUUCGUACUGCUGGUAGUUCCAGCUGCGUUCGUUUGUAUAGCGAUGGGAUUCUCCAAGAUCCGCCCGCCUGCUGACAACGAGAGGCCAUUACUUCUAACCCCCGCCUUAUACAACGCUACAGAUUUUCUCACGUCGCAACCAUCAAUAUACUCGGAAAACGUAGAUCCGUGGCUCGCGAAAGGAGUCAUGCGCAUGUUGUUGCAAGAAAAGGACGCAAGAAAUUGGACAGAGAAUGAUAAUCCCGUGUGUGAAUGCGGUGAGACGCGCCAAGUUUGCCACUCCAGCGACGCGUCGACGCCGCAAACGAUGGUGUUGCCAGACGUGGACACUCUCAACCGAUGGUUGCUCAACACGCAGGAGAUGUACAGAGAGAAGAGAUACGUCGGUUUCACAUCGUCAAUAACACGCAACACCACCCACCUGACAUCGUGGUACAACAACAAGGGUCACCACGCCCUACCUGCCUCCCUUGCCGCCCUCCACACCGCCCUACUGCGGGCCAUCACCGCCCAGACGCGCGCCGAUAUCGCCGUCUACUCGCAUCCUCUGAAGAUAUCCACCGAGCAGAUCAGCAAGAAUACUGUGUACCAGCACGUGGCGGACGCGGGUAUAUCCGGGCUGGUAGUGCUGGCUUAUUGCCUGGUAUCGGGCGGGGCGGGCGUAUAUCUGGUGACGUCACGCCGGCUGCAGUUAAAUCGUCUGACCGCUCUCGCUGCGGCCCCACCCGCUUUGACUAGAGCCGCGGCUUUACUCACCGAUAUGACGGUAAUCAUCAUCAACAUGGUGAUCACGGCGGUGCUGAUGGCGGCGUUCCACUUCCCUGUGUUCGUGUGGGGCAACAAUCUGCCCGCCAUAUGUCUGCUGAUAUUACUCUAUGGGUUCGCAUGCAGCGGUCUGAUGCAGGUGGCAGAGCGAAGGUUCUCCGAUGCCGGAGUGGCCAGCAUGGUGCUGUUCUGUAUGAACGCUAUGUUGGGACUCGGGGGAAUCACCGUGUUACUGAUCCUCGACCUCAUCUCGCAGUCUGAUGCCACAGACGACGCGCGAUGGGUUUUGCACAAGAUCUUCCUAGUGGCGCCGCCGUUUGCGCUCGGCGAUGGAUUAUUGGAAAUCGCUAAAAACACCAUACAAGCCCAGGUCCUCUCCCGGUUCGGUAUGGACACGUACAAGGACCCCUUGUCCUCGAGCCUGGUGGGACUCCACUACCUGUACCUGGUGCUGGUCGGAACUGCCCUGUUUCUGCUCAACCUGGCCUUGGACUACCAGUGCUUCGACUUCUUAUUGAACAAACUGUAUCCAACCCCGAUGCCUGACCCCUGCGAUGGAGAGCUGGAAGAUCUGGACGUAGCUGCGGAAAGGAGGAGAGUUCUGGAGGCAGUGUCUCGGACGAGGGACACUCCACUGAGGCUGCACACUAUAGGCAACAUUAACGCAGGGUUCGUCGACACUGAGGGCAAGAAGACCGAGUCUUUAUCCCGGGCCCAUAAGGACCCAGCGAUGGGCCCCGACGUAGCUUGGUGCGUGGGGCUCGGCAAACGGUACCGAGGCCGGAAACUGCCUGCUUUGAACGACCUAACGCUAGCCCUGCCUGCUGGACAGUGCACGGCGCUCCUGGGAGUAAACGGUGCCGGCAAGUCGACAACAUUCUCAUUACUGACCGGCCAACUGCGGCCAACCACUGGCUACAUAUACGUGCAGGGCAAGCCGGCCAACCGGAGACAACUCUGCCAAGGAUAUAUCAGCUACUGUCCCCAGAGUGACGCCAUAGAUCCGCUGCUCACUGUGCGGGAGACAUUGUCCAUAUUCUGCCAACUUCGCGGCAUUGAUCACCAACACGAGGUGAUAAGUCGCACGGUUGAGACGUUCGAACUGGGCCGCUACAUAGACACUCGAGCGGGUAAUCUAAGCGGUGGGAACAAGCGGAAGCUGUGCGCCGCUAUAGCGCUUAUGAGCCGCGCGCCGCUCGUGCUGCUCGACGAGCCUACCAGUGGUAUGGACCCCGUCUCCCGCGCGUGCGUGUGGCGUGCGGUCCGCGCGGCAUGCGGUGUGCGGCGCGGCGUGUUGCUGGCCACGCACGUGCCGCAGGACGCGCGGCGCUCGUGCCGCAGUGCCGCGGUGCUGCACGCCGCGCGCCUGCGUCGACUGCGGCCGCUGCACGCGCUCAAUGGUUUGUGCGGGGGCUACGUGGUGGAGUGCGUGGUGGGUCAGGGCGCGGUGGGUCGCGUGUGGGACGCGGUCAGGGCCCUCCAGCCCCCCGCGCGCCUUCUGCUCACGCAUGCCCGCGCGCUGAGGGUCAUGCUGCCCGCUACAUAUACAGUGGAUGGCAAAGAGACGGUGAUGCGUCUAAGCGACGUAUUCCGAUUGAUGGCACGCCUGCAGGGCGCCUGCGACAUUGAGGACUACGCCGUCACGCAGCCCGAGCUCGACCAGAUGUUCCUAAACCUGGACGAUAAAGUGAGAAUAGAGGAUGAGUACGUAGAUCUGGAGCCUCUACCCUCCCCCACUGCACUGAGGCCUGACAGAGAUCAACUCGACAGUGUCACCGCACUUUAAAAGUCAGCUACCUUAUCCCAGACUUUAGCACAUACCUAUGACUUUUCAGUUUACCAUUUUGUCAAUUAUAAAUAAUAAGGCAUUUUCCAAAUUUUUGAAAACUGCUUACAUUUAAAGAUUGGGAUCAACGAUUUAACAGAAAUAUAAAAAAAAUGGGUGCGUGUACUUAUGUAGGCG